AAAUAUCUCCGAUACCGCUGUUCUUAUUUACUUAACGUCAUGUCCAUGUUUACUUAAUAACGGGUUGCGUACAGGAAACACAACCUCAAAACAACGUUGUACAAGAGUUAUAUAAAUUGUAUUUCCUUCCGCUCAUCAAGUACGUUUGCAACAUGUUCAGUGAGUCGACGCUAUAUUUAUGAGCAGUUUAUAUCGUAACUAUACUUAACAAUCACUUUUCGCUCAGUGAGCGCUCACUCAACAGUUGCACAACGGUUCGCGUCUCCCGAGCGCGCUCAUCGUUCGAAAGAAAAUGAUAAUAAAAGUAAGAGAACAUUUGAUUGGUCCUCUCGUGGACAAGUAGCUAUCAGUAUUAAAAACUCUCCCCGAAUAGAUCAAUUCGAACAUAAAAAACAUCGGACAAAAAAGCUUAAAAACAAAACUGAAUCAAAUUUAAAGAAAAACCGGAGAAGAAUCUUUCCUCGAACUCGAAAAGGAGAAACGUAGAUCGAAUCGAUUAAUCGAUCGAACACCGCUUGUCCCUAGGAGCGCGUCGGUUGGCAGCGCACUUGUUACCGACGCUAGUUGUGUGCAAUGGUGGACGAGGAUCGCGGAGGCCGCUUGUGCGCGCCGUCAAGCUACUGACUGUUCCGGCCGUUUCUCCGAUAAGUACGACGGAAUCGCUCGCCGUCGGUGGCUCGUCGUCGCGUCUCGCCCACGGCAAGCACGGUGCCGCGAAUUCGUUCGUCUCGCCCGGCGUCGCUCGGCAGUGCCAUAGUGAUAUCUCGUAGCCCCGCCGUUUUUCGUCCGUUUUGACACAGGUUUCACCGCGGGACAGCGGUCGGCGGGAGCGGAAGGGUAGGAGGUGGAAGAGGGGGGAGAGAGCGAGCGAGCGAGAGAGAAAGAGUGCUGGCGCGCUGCUCGGCGCGCCUCGUUAAUCUCGACGCCGUCGACUUCGAGGGACUCGAAAUAGCGGAGGAUGAUACGGGCAUGAACGCGAGAUGAGCGAUUCGCGUCGCGGCAGCGAGCGCGUAUCCGCCCGGGCUCCGGCGUGCGGUUGAGUGCCCGCUCUACACUCCGCGUUGCCAGUGCCGUAAACAGUGCGCACGUAAAUACAGGAGACACGCAUACAUACGCGCAGGCGCGCAGCACACAUAGUGCGCGUCUCUCCCUCUGUGUGUACGUGUUGCGCGCUGCGGGAACAUACACUAUUCCCACAGCGGCGACUCUCGGUGCCUGACGAAUUCCGUUCGUCCGCCGCUUUUAUCGCAAGGUGUGACACGUACGUGCGGAACUUGUGUCCGAGCGUGUCGAUCGGCACCCGUGGAACGUUACACGCCGAUAUUCUCGUGAAUUCGAAUGUUUGCGGGAGGUGCUCGGUUCGCGCACCGUAGAGAGGUUAGAAUCGUGCCGUGAGAUCUCGAGUGCAGCGGGAGCGUCCGAGGAACGCCCGAGCGAGCGGCCAGUUUUGACGUAAUUCGAAUUUAUAUUUUACCGUGGUCGUUGCGGACUGUAUCGACGACCGUUGCAACAACUCGAACGAUCGCGAAUCGCGGUUUCUGUGAUAAGUGAGAGGAUCGUGAGUAAGGACGCUCGCCGGAUAAUCGGCCGAAUAUCGCGGACGCAUUAUCGCCGCGGAGGUAACUCGUGCGGUGGCGGUGGCGGUGGCGGUGGUGUACGAUCGCGCAGUAUGAAAAAAUGAUGUGAUCGACGGUCAUCAUGGCGGCACCCAUGCUAAAGUGGAAGCGGAUCGCGAAUCCGACCGGACCCCAGCCGAGACCCAGGCAUGGCCACCGGGCGGUCUCCAUUAAGGACCUUAUGGUCGUUUUCGGCGGCGGUAACGAGGGCAUCGUCGACGAACUGCAUGUGUACAACACAGCAACAAAUCAAUGGUUUGUACCAUCCACUAAAGGAGAUAUACCACCGGGAUGUGCAGCAUAUGGUUUCGUUGUUGAUGGCACACGUAUUUUGGUUUUCGGCGGCAUGGUCGAGUAUGGUAAAUAUUCCAAUGAAUUGUACGAGCUUCAAGCAAGUCGAUGGGAGUGGAAACGUUUGAAGCCGAAGCCUCCGAAACACGAGCCCCCGCCAUGCCCGCGAUUGGGCCACAGUUUCACGCUGAUCGGCAAUAAGGUCUUCCUUUUUGGGGGUCUGGCAAACGAUAGCGACGAUCCGAAGAAUAAUAUACCGAGAUAUCUCAAUGAUCUGUACACGCUCGAGCUUCUUCCUAACGGCCAAACAGCCUGGGACGUGCCGCAAACGCAUGGACACGCACCACCCCCGCGAGAAUCCCAUACCGGGGUGGCAUACACCGAUCGUGCCACCGGCAAAUCCUGUCUGGUGAUUUAUGGCGGCAUGAGUGGCUGUCGUCUGGGCGACUUGUGGUUUCUCGAUGUCGAUACCAUGACAUGGAACAAGCCAAUAGUUCACGGUCCUACUCCUCUGCCACGAUCACUCCACACUGCCACUUUAAUCGGUCAUCGAAUGUACGUCUUUGGGGGGUGGGUGCCAUUGGUCGUCGACGACGUGAAAGUCGCGACACACGAGAAAGAGUGGAAGUGCACAAGCACGCUAGCAUGUUUGAAUCUGGAAACUCUUACUUGGGAGCAAUUGACUGUUGAUUCGCUGGAGGAAAAUGUCCCUCGUGCUCGUGCUGGUCAUUGUGCAGUCGGUGUACAUAGCAGACUCUAUGUAUGGUCCGGUAGAGACGGUUAUCGUAAAGCUUGGAACAACCAGGUUAGGGUAUGCUGCAAAGAUCUCUGGUAUCUCGAGGUCAGCAAACCGGCGGCGCCUUCCAGAGUUCAGCUAGUUAGGGCUUCCACGCAAACGUUGGAAGUGAGCUGGACAGCGAGCCCGUCCGCGCAAUACUACAUCCUUCAAAUACAGAAAUACGAUAUGCCACCGGCAGCAGCGAGCGGCACUUUCCCACCAGUUAGCGCGCCGACGUCGAACGUGCCCGUCAGCGCUACGCCUGCUGCAGUAACGAGUCCAGUGAUGGCGACGACUCCUGCAACCAUACCGGUCACGUCCCCGCCGGUGACUACGGUCGCUGCUCUUCCUUCGAGUACUCCGCCUGCUGCGGCCGCCAGAUCAUCCGUACCGACAGUAGCGUCACCGGCGGCAGCGGCGACUCCGUUAAGAGUCCAGUCGGCCGUGCAAAGUCCCGUGCAAAAGACCCUGCCGACGCAAGCGGUGCAGAAACCGGCGAGCCCGAUGACUCCGAGAGUCGCCACCGGCAAUGUUAUACGGAUUCGUUCGCCUCUGGUCACCUCGACGGCGGCAACUGCGGCGGUGACUGCCGCAGUGGCCGUCACUACUGAGCAACAGCAAACCGCAGUAGCGACCACGACUACAACCGUGGCGUCCGGUCAAACACCCGCUGCCAUGUCCGGAAUUGCCGCCCUGGCCGCGGCGGCAGCUGCCACUCCGAAAAUCACCAUGAACAACGUUCCUAUUCUGCCACAAGCCGCGACCGCCACCGCGACCAACACCAUCAGGAUGAAGAACGUUCAGCCGGGUCAGCAGAUACGUUUCGCCGCGCCAGGCGCCACGGUGUUGCGCACAGCUUCGCCACAGCAGAGCAAGCAAAUCAUAUUGCAGAAACCGGGCCAGAACAUAUCCGGCCAGCCUCAGAUCGUGCACCUCCUGAAGACCGGGCAGGGCAUGGUAGCUACCGUGCCGAAAGUGAGCCUCAUUCCCGGCAAGACUGUCCAAGCGACCGGCGCAAAACCUCUCAAUCAGGGACCGACAAUAUUGCGACUGGUGAAUCCCAACACCGUGGCCGGCUCGAAGAUCCUCACGACCAUGAAGACGUCCAGCAUAGUGGCGAUGAGCAAGGGACAGAACAUCACAGGCAAGCAAACCAUAAUGAUUACUAAGCCCGGAGGUAAUGGUGGCUUGGUUGGUAGGACCAACCAGAUCAUCGUCGUCACUACUGGCUCGGGUCUGCGAGCUGUGCAGGCUGUGACGACCUCGCAAGCUGGUGCGGGACAAGGCGGUAACAUCACCACUCCCGUUAACGUUUUACCCUUGUCGGCUACUAAUCACGUCACGAACCAACAAGGCGUCAAGAUGAUCGUCGUCUCCUCGGGCGCAAUGGGCGGUGGAACUGCCGGCAAGCCCAUAACCAUCACGGUACCGGGCCAAGGCGGUGUACCAAAGACAGUAACUAUCGCUACCAAGGGCAGCCCGCAGGCUAUCUUCAACCCCGGCAAGAGUCAGAUUGUUACUAUGCCGCAGAUACAAAAGACUCCUGAAGCGGUCACGGUGUCUGGUAAGCCGGUAACACUGCAGAUGUCCGGAGGCAUAGGCGCGAAGACGGUGACGCUGAUGCCGACAAGUAGUUCCAUAGUAACCACUUCGAGCGCGUCAGAUUCAAUAGACACUAGUAAAAUGCUCUUUGUUCCAUCACAGAAACAGCCUUCAGCUUCUUUAGCAUCCACGUCUGAUGGACCAGCAACUACUGACGCAGCAUUGGCUGCAUUAGCAGCUGAAGCGGGACUGAUAGAUCCUGUCCAGGAACCAUCAGGUGGUCUAUCCUUCAUGGUAGCUACGGAUGAUGGCGGCGGUGGAGACGACAAGAUAGAGGACAGCUGUAACGGGAACGAAGCAACUACGGCGGCCGCUUUGGUCUCUCAGAUGGGCGCGGCGGAGACGAUGCAAGUCGACGGCGAUGGGAACUUCGUCCUACCGCAAGUCGACGGGCCAAUAGACUUUCUCUUAUCGGAAGACGAGGAGAAGAUGGACGUAGACGAGGAGCCCGCUACGGAGAACACCGAGUCAACUGCGGACGGAGUCACGGCCGCAGAACAGGACGUUAACGCGGCGGAGAACGUUCACGCGGAAGAAUCGGCGGUGAAGGAGGAAAUUGCUGCGCCUGAAACGGCAACGGCUGAUCUUGCCGGAUCGGUCGCAAGUGCAGACGGAACUUCCGAGGAAACGGAAGGCGCUGCUGGCAAUCCGUCGGCUGAUGAUCCAACACCUAUGGACGUCAGUGCUGACAGCACGGAGUUGAAAUCUGAAAAAAUGGAGGAUCUUGGCAAUCCACUCGCGGAGGAAGCGAAAGCGGCCUCGGAGUUGCCUUUUGUACAAUCAUCAGCAGAGGCCCAACCCGAGCAGCCGCUUGCGGCGGACGUCGCGGAUUCAGCGGUGGAGACUGACGAGGCCCAGAACGAGAGCAACCAAACGAAAAACAUAAAGGUCGAAUCGCAUCUCGAGAAAUCGCCCGUGCCAGAGGAGCUACCUACUGACAGUGCGAGCAGUAUAUCGCAUCUCGCCCGAGAUGAAAUUUCGGAAGCUGAAAAGAGCAAGAAUGAAAUCGCAGAAUCCAAGUCCGAUCUCUCGACCGAGAGCUCCUCUCUCGUAAAAUCGGAAAGUAUCGGUGAACCGCUGAUCGUCGAUGAUAGCACGUCAUCUGCGGUAGAUUCGAUGAAUGCGACGCCAGUAACGACUCCCGUUGCCACGCCGUUGAAAUCGGAACCGAUCGAGGAACCUGUAGGACAGGAUAAGGUAUCCGACUUACCGGUUUCGUCAGUCAACGGAGUCACGACUGCGCUCGAGAAGGAAACUGAGAGUCCGCAAAAGGGUCUCACGCCAGUAAAAAUAGAGAUAAAGGACGAACUCGUUAGUCCAAAGAGCUUGAAGCAAGAGAAAGUUAACGACGCCAGAUCGGAGACCGGAGACGACUCGACGGCUUUAACCACGUUAGCUACCGCCGCUUUGGGCUCGGCAGAGCCAGUAAAAGCUAAAAACGACCAGCAGAGCGAAGAAGAGAAGAAAGAAGCAGAGUGGUACGAUGUGGGAGUCAUAAAGGGAACCAGCUUUACUGUUCAGCAUUAUUACCUUCCCGGUGACGAACCGUUAGAUAUUACGCAAUCUUUGACGAUGGAUGUCUUUAAAGGAAGAACUAAAGUGACAUUAGAACCCGGAACUGCCUACAAGUUCAGAGUCGCUGCUGUGAAUAGUUGUGGACGAAGUGCCUGGAGCGAGGUAUCGGCAUUCAAGACGUGUCUUCCGGGAUUCCCGGGUGCACCGAGCGCUAUAAAGAUAUCAAAGUCCGCGGACGGCGCACAAAUCUCAUGGGAACCGCCGCCCAGCAAUGUCGGGCCCAUCCUCGAAUAUUCCGUUUAUCUUGCAGUGCGUAGCACCGCGUUGAACAAUGACGGGGAACCAAAAACAGUCGUGUCGAAUCCGAAUCAGUUAGCCUUUAUUAGAGUUUAUUGCGGUUCGAGUAAUUCCUGUUCGGUGAACAAUAGUGCCCUUAAUGCCGCUCACGUGGACACCACUACGAAACCGGCCAUAAUCUUUAGAAUAGCAGCACGAAACGACAAGGGAUACGGACCGGCCACUCAGGUCAGGUGGUUGCAAGCAGAUCCAACCACCGCCGUGAAGAGUAAUCCGCAAGUGAAGCGACCCGGAGGCACGGAUCCACGCUCGCAAGCUUCCCCGCAGAAGAAGGUAAAACUGGACACGGCUGGUGACAAUUUCUCGUGAGCCUGUUCCAUCCCUGGCCUCGUUCAGCCGAGACUCCCGCAGGCGACGUUACUCAUUAUUUAAUUUUCCGUCGGUCCAUACGCCUAACAACGAUAAUGAGACAGUGUGUUAUCGACUAAAUGACGUGAUAAGAAAUAAAUGAACACGUAAAGAACGGAGAAAGAAGUAAAGAGAGAGAGAGAGAGAGAGAAAGAAAGAAAGAACAGAAAGGAAAAAAAGGAGAGGAAUGUCCAUAGGUAGAUUUUAAACGUAAGGAUCGAAAAAGAAAAGUAUUUUUAGUGUUCUGUAUGAACGUACCUAUCUUUCUGUAUCGCGUUUCAUCCUUCUUUCGUUUCGCGUGAACGUGAAUAUCAUCAGCGAAUGGCAUAAGGUACCGUCGUUAAACUGGCGAGAUGAUUACUUUUCUUUUGGAGUUAAAUAAGUUUUUCCAUGUUUAUAGUGUUUUCUAACGGUACAACAUAUCGGAUGUUAAUGCUUACACCAUACACACACGCACACAACACAUACAUACACACACGCACACGCACAUACAUACACGUACUCGUACUUGCGUAUGGUAAGAUCCAAUUUCAUGAUUUUUCCGUUAAUUUGAUAUUCAUAUGAUUAUUUCAAUGUAGACGCUAUGGGAACGGAUGGUCUGAAAGGACUUGUAUACCUUCGCGUAUUCAUUUAAAAAAGAUAUAUAUAUAUUCUCGAUAAAGAUAUAUUUUAAACAUCCAAAUUCGUUAUAAUAUAUUUAUCAUUGACGAUUGUACCAAUGCAAAUUUGCAAUUCUUUUUACAUUUAUCCAACUAUGCAAAGGAAGCUCGAUUUUUGCGAUGUAGGUAUUUAGUGUACAUAAAAUCUCUUGCACUGACUGAAAAUAUGUUUUAUCAUAUUCCGCAGCAGUGAAAAAUAAAUCUUUUGAUAAGGUAGAAAAUAAUUGGGCGAUACGUGUGUUGUCUGACCUUAAUUAGUCUCCUGUGUCAAUCUGCUCGUUGUUCAUGACUUAGUUUGUCACGCAGGCAACGCUCUUUACCGUGUCAUCGAUCCAGUAUCACAACACACAGCGACAAUCGGUGCUGCACAUUAUUAUUACACUUUUGUUACUGCUAAAAAAAAAUGCGGAAGGAUACAAGAUAAAGGCAACACAAGUAAAAAUUAAAUUGAUUAAAAUUGACCAUUAAAAUUAAAAUUGUGUAAUACUAAGUUACUCACAUGCUUUUGUCAAACAAUUGCAAGGAUGCAGAGAUAUUUUGUAUAAAAUAUAGAUUAAAUGAAUUACUACAUGUAAUUAUAUAAUGAAUGUCUUUAAGAAUCGGGUUCUAAGAUGGUUAUUGAUAUUUUAGUGAAUAAAGAAAACUCCAAGGAAAGUUAAGGAUAUUUUUAGACGGCAACGAAACAAUUGUUUUGAAUACUGAUGUAUCUGAAUAACGGUAGACUGUAUGUCUUAACAUAAAUUCUAAUCUUUUAUAGUGCUAAGACAAAUAACUAGCGAAUAACAGGAAGAUUGAUACGCGAAAGAAAGGUAAGGAAGAGAGAGAGAGAGAGAAAGAAAGAGAGAAACGUAUGUUAUCGCAUUAGGGGGAAAAUGUAACAUCCCUCUAAACUUUUUUUUGAGAGCAUAAUCUUAUAUUUUAAUCAAAAUACUGGGUAAGCUUUUGAGAAAACACCGAGAUGUUAAUUGCGCAUUGCUGCUGCUGCUCUGCUCUGCUCUGCUCGGCGGUCUCGUUUCUCUCGGUCGAUUUUAGGGCUAUGUUGAAGCUGCAAUAAUUUAAGCGUAUAUUUUAUUAUAUUUCAUAUAUAUAUAUACAUAUAUAUAUAUGUAUAUAUAUUAUAUAUACAUAUAUAGUAUAUGCAUAUGCUUUCUCUCCGUUAUCAGUUUGUAGCUUAAGCGAAGUAGAACACCAUCUACUAACGUAGCGUUCCCGAACGCUUAAUCUGUUACAUUGAAAGAGUUUUGCGUUUAACAAAGUUUACUUCACUAUAUAUAGGAAGCCUAUAUGUUAUAGAAAAGGACUAUCACCAACGUGUACUCUCGAGAGAGUACUUGAUGGACGUUGCAUUAAGUACAUGUACAAUCGCAAUUGUUUACCGUUUAAAUGGGUUCGUGCCCGAGAUCUUAGAAGCAUUUCCUGGGAAUACGAAUGGAUAUAUACGAUGUAUAAUGUAAAUGGGAUAACUAAAUGGUAUAUACUUUCAAGUGUAUUGUUUUAAUCUCGUUUCUCUUGGCUGAUCCUCUAUAUUUAAAGAAAAAAAAGGAGAAGAAAAACAGCACGAGUGUGUGUCUCUAUAUACGCUGCUAAUUAAUAAGGGAGUUAUCAGCUGUCUAAUUUCUCGUUUGUAUAUUUUGUUGACAGGAAAUGAGACUAAUCUGUAUCUGUACAAGCCUUGUGCAUAAGAGUAAUCGUCUUGGAAUUGUCAUGCUGCGCGAUAUCUCACCGGUAUCCCUUCGUUUGUAAAUCGCCUACUACCACUGCAUUUAUACUCUUCUCAUGCAACAAUACCGAAGUAUGUCGUGCAAAUAAAUAUAGAUAAAUUUCUUAUAC